AUUUUCAUUUCAACGUUUGUGUGCGACGAGUCGUCUUCUGUCUCUCCAUCUUGUGUGUGGCGUUUCGAGUGCGUCCUGUCCAGCGUCCAGCUCAUCGCGACCCGCUGCGCGUCCCGUGUUCGCUGUGCCCCGAAUAUAACCCAUAUAUGAAAUUGGAAUAAAAAACAAGCGAACAACACUCUCGAUUUACUCUUUUUUUCAAUUUGUGCAUCGAACAUAUUCGAGAUCAGAUCCAAUACGAUCCGAUCCGAUCCAAUUAAGAAAGCGAAACAAGAAAGGAAACAGCUUUCAACGUGAUCCGCCGCUGUGCCAUCCAACCCAGCCAAAGCCCCCAAGGCCAAGGAUUUACAGUGCCCGAAGAAACAACGAGAGGCAACAUCCACCACAACGACGGAGUGAAGAAAGCCACAAAGAGCUGUCCGCGCCGUAGGAAGAAGAAGCAAAAACAAAAAAAAUAUAUAAAGAUAACUUUUUUGUUGGGUUCCAAAUCGCCAAUUUGGAAUUUCAAUUUCAACAGAGAACACCACACACAUAGAACCAGAUCAAAAUGGGACACCACCUGACGCGACGCAGUUGCCUCUUGGCCAUAGUUCUUUGCUUGAUAUUCAACACGAAGCAUCUGGCGGUGCAUGGCGAUGCCUCACACAUCGAAUCCGCCGCUUUGCCACUGGAACACAGAGCCGGCUAUGGCCCGCCGGCGCCCAUUUAUGGCGCACCACAGGGGCCACUGAGCACUGGAGCCACCAAUGACCUGUCCGAGGAGGCCUGGCCGCUGGCCAGCACCAACGACAGUCCCCAGAUCAAGCACCUGCAGGUGCAGUGCGAGAAGACCCACAUGCGGGUGAACAUCGAGUUCGACCGUCCCUUCUACGGCAUGAUCUUCUCCAAGGGCUUCUACAGCGAUCCGCAUUGCGUGCACCUCAAGCCAGGCACUGGCCAUCUGAGCGCCACCUUCGAGAUCUUCCUCAAUAGCUGCGGCAUGACCAGCUCGGCCAACCAUAAUGCGGCUGGCUAUGGUGCACCCACUCCCUCAGGCAGCUACGUAGAGAACACGAUCAUCAUCCAGUACGAUCCAUAUGUGCAGGAGGUGUGGGAUCAGGCCCGCAAGCUGCGCUGCACCUGGUACGACUUUUACGAGAAGGCCGUGACCUUCAGGCCCUUCCAGGUGGACAUGCUGCACGCGGUGACGGCUAAUUUCUUGGGCGACAAUCUCCAGUGCUGGAUGCAGAUCCAGGUGGGCAAGGGACCAUGGGCCUCUGAGGUCUCUGGAAUCGUAAAGAUCGGUCAGACAAUGACCAUGGUGCUGGCCAUCAAGGACGACGAGAACAAGUUCGACAUGCUCGUCCGCAACUGCGUCGCCCACGACGGAAAGAGGGCCCCCAUCCAGCUGGUGGACCAGAACGGCUGCGUUGUCCGGCCAAAGAUCAUGAGCAAGUUCCAGAAGAUCAAGAACUUCGGCCCCUCCGCCUCUGUGGUCAGCUUCGCCUACUUCCAGGCCUUCAAGUUCCCUGACUCCAUGAACGUCCACUUCCAGUGCGUUAUCCAGGUGUGCCGCUACAACUGCCCCGAGCCCAAGUGCGGUCCCGGCCUUCCCGGCGGCGAGUACGGUCUGCCCCAGUUGGGCGGCAACGGUCUGUCGGAGGAGUAUGGUCCUCCAGAGGCGUACGAACGCAACGACUUUGCCCUGGGCGGUCUGCCCCCAGCAGCAUAUCCCGAUCCUCGCCAUCCCGCCUCCGAUGCCACCGGCGCGUACUCCGAGAACCAGCCCGAUGUGGUGCCCUCGCCCCAGGCCCAGACCUCCUCCGCUGUUCCCACAGCUGACUCUGCGGCAGGACCAGGAUCUGGCCCAGCCAGCUCCCAGUCGCCCCAACAGGCACAGGCCAACAGCAACGAGCUGGGACUGCCUCCUCCGCCACUGCCCGGCCAGCCUGGACAGUACAGCACCGUGAAGCGCAAGGAUGACCUCAGUGCCGGUGGCAAUCUCGUGUCUCUGGGCGGACGCCCGCGAUCAGUUGAGGGUCUCGAUGACUUAAGGGGCGUGCGCCGACGUCGCGACACCAUGGACAUUGUGGUCAAGCCGCAGCGAAUCUACAAACGCAAUGCCCAGGAGAUGACGGACGUGAACACGAGCCGCAUCAUUCAGGUGGUGGCUCCGGGCGACGUGAACUUUGCCCUCAACAGCAAUGCCAGCAAUGAGACGGUGGUGAUCCAGUCAGCCCGUUCUGCCGAUGCCGAGACCAUCUGCAUGUCGGUGCCCAGCUUCGUGGGUGGUCUGGUGAUGCUGCUCCUCGUACUGGCCGUGGCCUCUCUAGUCGCCGCCUUCCUCUUUGUGCGCGUCCGCCACUUUGAUCGCAAGGGCGCGGGCAUGGCCUACGUCAACUAAAGGAAUCAGAAUCAAAAGCAGAAUCGAACUGGGAUUCAGAAUCAUCAGCAUCAGCAUCAGCAUAAGCGACGACACGGCGUGAACAGAAAACCAAAUCAGUUUUAUGUGCACUAAAUGGAUUCACCCUCGUCAUCCUCAUCAUCCCACUCCUCCACACUCUAUUUAUUUUUUUUUGGUUAUUUAUUGAGUUUCCCCCGACUCGAAUGGUUUCUAUAUUUUACCACAGAAUGCCCCUACACCUACAAUGCUUAACUAUCAAUGGUUUCCUUAGUUAUUAACGAAUCGAACUUGAAACAUACGGAAUUGCGGCGUAAUUUCGUGCAUUGUCAGACUUGUUAAGUUUCAGUUAUACAAUUAUAUAUAAUAAUGAAAGAUAUCUGGAACCAGAUAAGGAUAAGGCGUCAAAUGUUACAUAUAUAUUAUACAUACAUAUACUAUAUCGUAAUCGUUUAUCGUAAAAGGCGGCAGACAUGGAAAAGCAGAAAAUCGUUUACAAUAAGUUAAUAUAGCAGAUGUAUAUAUUAAAUUAUUUAUUUAUUACUUUAUUUGAUAGCUGCG